AUGCAACGCCGUGCUUACACUAGUUACGAGCAUUUGUCCGCACGAAAACAAUCCUUUAUCCCUAAAACCGGUGUGUAUCCUGCCGGGUUUCGAGCUGGAGGUGUGCACUGUGGUGUGAAGAAGAAUGGUAAUAAAGACGUGGCGCUGGUCCUAUCCGAUCGUCCUUGUGCUGGUGCAGCUGUCUUUACUACCAAUGCAUUCAAAGCAGCGCCUGUCCUGGUCAGCAAAGCAACUCUCGCCAAGAACAAUGGCGGCCUUUACGGUGUCGUGACCAACUCGGGCUGUGCGAACGCGGUGACGGGAGCCCAAGGUUUGGUCAAUGCAGAAAGAAUGCGAGCCGUAGUAGACGAACUGGUCGAUGCUCCUUUGAGUGCUUUAACCAUGUCCACGGGUGUGAUUGGACAGCAACUGCCUAUUGCCAAGAUCGAAGCCGGUAUCCGCGACGUAUACACCAAACUGAGUGCGGACCACGACCAAGGCUGGAUGCAAGCCGCCGAAGCUUAUAUGACCACUGACACCUUUCCUAAACUGUUAUCGGGCGAAUUCAAAGUUGGCGCCAAUUCAUUCAGAAUGGCCGGUAUUGCCAAGGGCGCAGGCAUGAUUCACCCGAAUAUGGCGACCUUGCUGGGAUUCAUGGUCACUGAUGCAUAUGUGGAACCCAAGUUACUUCAGGAAGCACUUCAAUACGCUAUUGAUCGCAGUUUCAACGCCAUCAGCGUCGAUGGCGAUAUGAGCACCAACGAUACUAUCGCUGUUCUGGCUAAUGGCGCUAGUGAUGUCCGCAUUGAACAAGAAGGUGAAGCUUACACUGUGUUUCGCGACGGUUUAACUUCCUUUGCCGCCGAAUUGGCCCAAUUGGUCGUCCGCGAUGGCGAAGGCGCUACCAAGUUCGUCACCAUUCACGUCAAGGGAGCCGAGACGUUUGAAAAGGCGAAACAAGCCGCUUCUCACAUUUCCACUUCCAUGUUGGUCAAGUCGGCAUUGUACGGUCAAGAUGCCAACUGGGGUCGUAUCUGUGCCAGUCUCGGACAUUGCGGUUUUGAAGUUGACCCUUCGCGUGUAAGCGUCUCGUUUGUCCCUGCCGAUGGCUCCGAACGUUUAAAGCUGAUGGUUAAUGGCGAACCCGAAGAGGUGAACGAAGAGCGAGCUUCUGAAAUUUUGAAAUUCGAAGACCUCAAUAUCGAAGUCGAUAUUGGCUUGGGACAAAGCGAUGCCAAAUUCUGGACGUGCGAUCUCAGUCACGAAUACGUCUCCAUCAAUGCCGAUUACCGUUCCUAA